AUGGCGGAACUAAAAUUCAGAAAGACAAAAGCUGAUGAUUAUGAUGACGUGGUGUCGAUACGCAAACACUUAUAUGACGGCAUUGAUUACAUUCCAAGUCGAUACCACGAGCUUCUGGAAUAUAACACAGGAUUCGCCGGAUUUAUCGGUAAUCUAAUGGUAUGUUUCAUGUUCUCAGCAGUCAUUGAUGACGGUAAAAGUAUUCUCAUACAAUCAAUUCGUGUCAGGAAAGAAUACGAAGGAAAGGGAGUUUAUUCUCGAUUGAGAGCAUUUUGUUUCAAGAAGCUCCUCCAUACUACCAACAAAAGUGUCCUCGUGAUAUCGCCAGAUUAUUUUGAGAAACUCCCCCAAGGAUCAGCAAAACUAGUUUUCUCUCGGUAUGCCAUGAACUUCGAAACUACGAAGGCAUCUCUCCAGUCGUUGCUCAGAUCUGGAAAUGUGUCAUCUGCUCUGGAAAAAGUUGAUGCGUUCUACUUAGGCAGGUUGUUCUUCACAAAAUCUUCAACUCAGUAUCUGUUUCCGGAGAACAGAAUCGUAGUUAAAUGGGUGCCAUACGAGAUUCUGUCGUCGAAUAUUGAUCGAAUUCUUAGAGGGCAUGAAAUGUUUGCCACUGCUUUAGCCGAACAGGAUUUCCACUAUAAAACUUGUUCACCGAUGAUUUCUGCAGUUACUGUCUACCAAUGUAAAGCAGGUACUUUGGUUAAUAUUGAUUUGUUUGGUGAACUAGAUGACGCGAGAAUUAUUUCAGACCAUGUAAAUACACAUCUAGGGAGAUGUCUGGACAAGUGUCACGAAGUCAUCGUUAUGUACGUUACAUACCAGAAACAACGGAAUACCGAUAUUCUUCUACAGGUACUGUCAAAACUGAACUGCAGAAAGGUUGGUGAGGACAUCAUGUAUGGCAUUGAAAAGCCUAUCUAA